AGAGAGCUAGAACCGGGGACUGAACAAGAGAAAAGAACUAGAUUAGAUGGGGUUACGAACAGAAUUCCAGAAGCCCCAGAAUCCUGGAGGGGUGAAAAGUAGUACAGGGGACUUCUAACACGGGUAUGGCUCGUUCCAUAGUAGUGUCCAGGGCUGGAUAAACUCUUGUUCGAGUGGCCAAUUUCUCCGACAAAGUUGUCACCUUACCAUCACAUCUUCCUGUUGCUGAAUACCAUACCGUCAGCGGUGUAAGUGGUAGUGCUACUCCUACCAAAAUUGGCGGUAGUCCAUGAGCACCUAGCCAUCGAUACUGCUCAGUUAUAGACAGAAAUAUUGGGGAUGAUAAGCAGGAAAGAGCAGAAAGAGAGAAUGAAGGGCAAAAGUUAUUCAGCCAAGUUCAGAUGGGCUUUCAGAGGAGCAGAAAAGGUAAUUUUCCGUACUGAUAGAGGAAUAUGAGGGCAUAUUUGCAAUUAACAAUAGUGACUUAAGACAAUGAGAUCUUAUGGAACAUGAAAUUAAGACUACUAUUAGGCAGCUUCCUCUUCGCAUACCACCGCACCAGAGGGAGAUCAUAGAUGAACAGCUUAAGGAGUCGGUAGCGAAUGGUAGAGUUGAAGAGUCACAGAGCCCAGGAGCAGUCGGGUUGCUUUGGUAAGGAGACAUGAUGGAAGUUACCGUAUGUGCAUUGAUUACCGCAAACUGAAUUUGUGUACAUAGAAAGAUGCAAUACCGUUACCGAGGACCGAUGAUGUCUUGGAAGCGCUGGGUGGUGGCUAAUGGUUCUUUUUUCUGGAUUUGGUGUCUAGGUAUUGGCAGAUGUAAGUAAAAGAAGAGGACAGACCCAAAACAGCAUUCUCGACCCAUCGUGGACAAUUCCAAUGGAGGGUUAUGCCAUUUGGACUCACGAAUGGGCUAGCUAGUUUAACCAGAUUGAUGAAUCUAGCAGUCAGUGAACUGACUUCGACACUCUGUCUUGCGUAUUUGGAUGAUAUUAUUAUCUGGGCCCCUUUUUUCGAGGAACACCUUCAUUGUUUACGGUUAUUAUUUGACAGGAAACGAACUGCUGCUCUUAAGCUGAGGCCAACUUAGCGUCAGUUUGUAAAGAUAGAAGUUUCGUUCCUAGGGCAUGUUUUCUCUUCAGAAGGCAUCAAAACUGACCCUGACAAGGUCGAGACUUUCAGAACGUGGCCAAUCCCUGUAGACAUCAAAGAGUUCCAAAGCUUCAUUGGUCUUGCAAGUUACUAUAGGUAGUUUAUUGCUGGAUUCUCGAUCGUCGCAGAACCACCCUACAAAUUGUCGAGUAAGGGUGUUUCUUUUCAGUGGCAGAUGGAACAAUAAAGCGCCUUCAAUGAACUGGAACAUCGCUUGACCAUCGCACCCGUCUUGGCAUAUCCUGAUUUUAGUCCUGAUUGAGGAUUAUUAGUACUUGACUUAGAUGCCGGCCAACCCCUGGGCAUUGGCGCUGUUUUAUCUCGAUUGCAACCCAAUGACACUGAGCAUGUGAUAACUUAGGGGAGUCGUUCUUUGAAUGAGCAGGAAAAGAACUAUUGCGGGACUCGAUUAGAUAUGCUAGCUCUGGUAAACUAUAUGGACCAUUUUUGCUAUUACUUGGUGGGACAAAAAUUGCGCCUGAGGACUGAUAAUCACUCAUUAGUCUGCCUUAUGUCUUUUAAGGAGCCUCAAGGGCAAGUGGCCCGUUGGCUUGGGCGCUUACAGUAUGAUUCUGAGAUACAACGUCGCCCGGGGAGGUACACGACAAUGCAGACGCCUUGUCUAGAAGGCCCAGACGACAACAUGGGAAUUGUCCAUCGUCUAGUCCAACAGGAUUAUCCCAAGUUACGAUUGUUUCUAGAGACUUUCCAGUCGGUGAAACCCCCAAGUGAAAUGAGAAAUUGUUGGUAGCCAGAAGUGGUUGCACAGGCCCGAAGAGAUGAUCCAGAUAUCAGCGUGGUACUUAGUCAUUUGUUGAAACAGUGGAGAAAACCAGCUGUUGAGGAACUUCACGUCAAUGCACUAUGCUGCUCGUGCUGUCUGGGCGCAGUUUGAACUUCUGUUGCUACAACAUAUAAAGUCAGCUGCCCACACUACUCAAGCUAAACUGAGGAUGAUUGUACCGGAACAAAAGAUAAGAUUUAGAUUAGAUGGAGGUUGCGAACAGAAUUCCAAAAGCCCUACAAUCCUAGAGGGGUGAAAAGAAGUACAGGGGACUUCUAACAUAGGUAUGCCUCGUUCCCUAGAAGUGCCCAAGGCAGGACAGACUCUUGUUCGAGUGGCCAAUUUCUCCGUCAAAGUUGUCACCUUACGAUCAGAUCUCCCUGUUGCUGAAUACCAUACCGUCAGCGGUGUAAGUGGCAGUGCUACUCCUACCGAAAUCGGCAGUAGUCCUUCAGCACCUAACCAUCCAUACUGCUCAGUUAUAGACAGAAAUAUUGGGGAUGAUAAGCAAGAAAGUAGUGAAAGAGAGAAUAGAAGGGCAAAAGUUAUUCAGCCAAGUUCAGAUGGGCUUUCAGAGGAG